AUGGAGGCCUUCUUUACAUAUCUGCUGCCUUUUGCAGUCCUCUCUGUAAUACUCUCUCUCCUCUUCCUAAAUCGAAAACGGAAUUCGAGUGGCUUAAACCUUCCACCAGGUUCGAGUGGAUGGCCAAUGGUUGGGGAAAAUAUGGAGUUUGUUCUACAAGGGCCACAAAAAUUUGUGUACGAGAGGAUGAACAAAUACUCGCCCGAACAAACUUCUCACUUCGUGGUGGCCACAAUCGAUGAAAAAGCUUUGCUAUUCCCAGAGUAUGCUGACAAUUCUGUGAAGGAAGUUGGAGCUCUACAACGUAGUUUUCUUCAUGAAAUUCUUAAGCCUGAAGCCCUUAAACAGUACAUACCACUAAUGGACGCCAUGGCACGUGAACACGUUGAGACUGAAUGGGCUCCUUGUGAAGAAGUUAAGGUUUUCCCUUUGUCGAAGAAGUACACUUUUGCACUAGCCUGCAAAUUGUUUAUGAGUGUGGAAGAUCCUGACCAUGUGAAAAGAUUGGCAGAUCCCUUUACUCUUGUUACUUCCGGGAUGUUCUCAGUACCUAUAGACUUACCUGGCACGGCCUAUAAUCGUGCUAUCAAAGGGGGAAAAAUGGUUCGCGAAGAGCUCCUAAAGAUCAUCAGGGCGAGAAGAAAUGAACUAAUGGAGAGCAAAGAGACAUCAGAUCGGGAUCUAUUGUCUCGUAUGCUACUCAUAACAGAUGAACAAGGACAGUUCAUGAAUGAAAUGGAAAUUUCUAAUAACAUCAUAGGUUUACUUGUUGCAAGCUAUGAAACCACGAGUACUGCAGUCACAUUCGUUUUGAAGUAUCUUGCAGAGCUUCCCCAUAUUUACUCUGAGGUGUAUAAAGAACAAAUGGAGAUUGCUAAGUCCAAAGGUCCAGAUGAGUUGUUAACUUGGGAAGAUAUUCAAAAGAUGAAGUAUUCUUGGAAUGUGGCUUGUGAAGCACUGAGACUAUCACCACCUGCUCAAGGAGCCUUUAGAGAG